CUCUUAACAAUUAUGUUACGUACAAAGUGUGGCCAGACCGUACAGACCAUGCUGCAUGUGUGAGAUUUUUAAUUUACGUAACCGUAUAAUGCACUCGUCCAUUUCAAAAUUACCUUCCAGUGGCAUCAGACGUUAAUCGUAGCUCUAAAUUCCAAAGCGUUACUAUGUCGGGAGGAUUGGAAAGCUUUGCACUGACUGUGUCAGAUAUCACAAAAAUGUUAUCCGCCACCACUCAUUUGGGAUCGAACAGAUGUAAUUUCCAAAUGGAACAACAUGUGUACAAGCGACGCGUGGACGGUAUUCAUAUCAUCAAUUUGGGACGUACAUGGGAAAAAUUGUUACUGGCAGCUCGUGCUAUUGCGGCGAUUGAACAUCCUCAAGAUGUGUUCGUCAUCUCAUCUCGUUUGAGUGGACAACGUGCAGUCCUUAAAUUCGCUAGCAACUGUCAGGCGACCCCGAUUGCUGGUCGCUUCACACCUGGUGCAUUCACCAAUCAAAUCCAACGUGAAUUCCGUGAACCUCGCCUAUUGGUCGUCACCGAUCCAUUCACGGAUCAUCAGCCCAUCAUCGAGGCUUCGUAUGUUAACAUACCAGUCAUCGCUUUCUGCAACACCGACAGUCCAUUGAAAUACAUCGACAUUGCCAUUCCAUGUAAUACCAAGGGUUAUCACUCGAUCGGUUUGAUGUGGUGGUUAUUAGCGCGUGAAGUGUUGCGAUUGCGUGGACGCAUUCCACGAAACGAAGAAUGGAGCACCGAAGUCGAUCUGUUCUUCUAUCGCGAACCUGAGGAGGCAGAGAAAGAAGAAGCUCAGGCUAGAGCAGCUAUUCAAGAACCUCUUCCACUUGUUCAACAGGUUGCCGAGCCGGAGAGUUGGGAUGAAGUGCUACCUCCACCACGUAGAGUUUUUAUUCCAGCUGACGACUGGAACGACGGGGUUGAUGAAGAUCAAAUUGUUGCAGUUGAUAAUAGUGCACCUAUAAUCUGGGGUGGUGGUGUUGAGAAAUUUUAAAUGUCUCACAGGUUUAUGUGUGAAUUUUACGUGUACAUCAAGAGACAUGGAUGUAUAAUAAAGUUUGCAAAUAACAAG